AUGGCAGAUCCUGAUAAAAGCGACCCCGUUGCCAUUGCGGCCCUUGUUAUCUCUGUGGUUGCCCUCUUUGCGGCAAUUUCUCAGAUUGCGCAGGCUAUCUUCGCCUCGGCGCGAGGCCUUCCAAAUUGCGAUGAGAGGGUCAUUGGAAAAUGGGCGCUCAAAAAAUGGGCCUUUCGCCACAGCCGGACCCGACUUAGGCUUCAAGAAUUCAGACUUGAGGUUUUCUUUAAGGCACCAAUCAUAUUUCUGGCGCCCGCGAGUAAUCCCAAGAAACCCACAGACGGCGAAUUACGCGUAGCGGACGGAACCGAUCAAAGUUGCGCUGAAUUUCACAUUGAUCCGGAGGAUGUGGCAUGGAAGUCGGGGAAAGAGGAGCCAGGGCAAAAUGAAAAAGAAAAAAAAGAGCCAGUUCACACAGUUGAAAACGAGAAAGCUACUUGGAUAUGGUUGCUGGUAGCAAUUCAACGAAUGGAGAGAGAUUCGCGUAAGUGGGAAAAGGAUUUUGUCAAAGCAGCAGGACCUGGACGGGUGCCAAUUUAUGAAAAACCAACUCUCACUAUCCAAAUGCAACCAAAACAGCGAAGUUUUGAUACCAAUCCAGCGAUCAAAAAACCCUAUGCCACUACCACAAUCUCUCAUUUAGUUGAGCUUGCGGCAGUACUUGGACUGUACUGGAAGGUGUUUGACCAAGACGAAAACAAAUACCGAGCCGCAGGAAAUGAAUAUAGCCUCAUGGGAUCUCGGGUCCCUGAUUUCGGUAUCGUGUUCGUUUUCGAAAAGACUGGCGCUCCAGAAUUUCAGAGUCGACGAAUCAUACCUACGUCGGAAGUAAAAGAGCUCUGUUUUGGGAGACUACCAACACUAUAUCGACGGAAACCUGAGGGAUCGGCCGAAGAUGUCUCUUGGCAGGACUUGUCAAAAACUUCUUCUGGGGACAAAAAUCUUAAAGUCGAAGUUCUUCAGUUGGGAAGUCGUGACGAGAUCGCAGAAACAUUGACACAAAUCGGAUGUAAUGCAACUACAGCAUUGUAUUACAAGAACGAGAAGAAGCACCAGCAUUUGUUCCCAGUGACUUUCGAAAUUAUUGGUAUGCUUGCAAGAACUCUCCAUAUAAGGAAUAGAUGCUUUAGAUUCCUGCCGAAUCCAACAAUAUUUCCCUGGGAUCGUGAUUCCCUAUCACUCACUCGGCUGCUGGCUGCGUUUUGCGCCUGCAUUCAGAAACAUAACGAAACCAUUCAGGAUGAGCUUCUUCAAAAGACUUUCGAAAGCGAAGUUCAGUCAGAAGUCGAUAGGAUUGAUCAACUUGUCAAGGAUUCUCAAUCCUUGUUAGGAGAAAUUAUGACCGAUGACCAGCUUAACUAUUUCAAAUUGAACCUGGUCCACGAUUCGAUAGACAAGGCCGACAAGUUACUAACAGAGGGCGAUUCACCGUCUAGCAAUCAAAAGGUUGUGUUAGACGUUCUCCGACGUCACUUACAAGAGGUUUUGGCGGCUGUUAAUAAGGAUACAUCUGACAGAGGUGACAGUCCGUCUUUUGGCGACAUACUUGAUGUUCCUCCCGAAAUGAGAGAGCAACGUUUCAUGGAUAUAUAUUUCAAUCGAGUACUCUGGCUCGUAAUCCCAAUGUUUACGAACUCUUCCGAGAAAGACGAUCAAGAAGAAGUGUCGAGAACCAUUCACCAUGUUGAUGACAAACGAAAAUCUCAUAUUCUUAGUGGCCAGGAAUCUCCUGAGGUGGACGAUCAGGCGCUCUCAUUUUCAAGGUCAACUAUCAAAGAUCCCAAAGCCAACUUACGAGAUGAACGUUAUACACUGGGAUUGAAGGCGGCAUUGACCAGGCAUGAAGAAACUCAACGUCUUCAGAUAUGGUAUACAUUGGUAUUCAGAAUGAUCUGCUGGCUCAUAUUGCAUGAAUUCGACAAGAAGGACAUACAAGUUCCUAGCAGUGACCUGAUGGGAAACAGGCAGCCUGUAUUCAUUAUGUAG